AAUGAUUAUCGAUUUUAUCGAUCCAAAGUUCACUCACAAACUGAAAUCGCCAUCAAUGUUUACGCGCCAGCCAUGUCCCUAAGAAGUCUAACUUGCCGGAAGUGGUUUCAUUUGGGGGAUUCCUUCGUCGCCCCCUGGCAUAAGUCACUACGAAACUCCGCCAGGGGCUACUACAACAGCGGGACGUCCAAUGACGCCGAGCCGGCCCGGGCGGCUCGUGUCCGUGUUGUGGACCUCCGUAGCGACACGGUGACCAAGCCUGGAGCGGCGAUGCGUCAAGCCAUGGCCGAGGCCGAGGUCGGAGACGAUGUGAUGGGGGAAGACCCGACGGUGAACGAGUUGCAGAAGAUUGCAGCCGACAUGUUUGGGAUGGAAGCUGCGCUGUUUGUCCCGUCAGGAACCAUGAGCAACCUCAUUGCAGUGAUGGUGCACUGCAGGGAGCGCGGCGAUGAGAUGAUUGUGGGCGACCUGUCUCAUCUCCACAUUUAUGAGCAAGGAGGCAGCGCACAGUUGGCCGGCAUCCAUGCCACUACAACCACCACCCUUCCUGACGGUACCUUUGACUUGGACCAGCUGGUGUCAAAGAUCCGCCACGGCUACCCGGACCCGCACUACCCGCGCUCACGCCUCAUCUGUGUGGAGAACACGCAUAACAUACAAGGAGGACGAGUUAUGCCACUGCACUUCCUGCAGGAGGUGCGCGCUCUUGCUGACAAACACGCUCUGGCAGUUCACAUGGACGGAGCCCGGGUGAUGAACGCUGCAGUGGCAUUGGGGGUGCCAGCGUCCACCAUACUGCAGUACACACACACCGUUAGUGUGUGUCUCUCCAAGGGACUAGGGGCCCCGGUGGGAACCCUGCUGGCCGGCCCCAAAGAUUUCAUAUCCCGGGCGCUGAGGUGUCGUAAAGCCUUGGGUGGCGGGAUGCGUCAGGCCGGCAUACUUGCAGCGGCAGGAAAACUAUCUUUGCUGGAGAUGGUUGAAAGACUACAAGAAGAUCAUGACAAUGCAAGAACAUUUGCUGAAGCUUUGCAGGACUGCGACCCUGCUCUGUUUGCUGUGGACAUGGCCACCGUGGAAACAAACAUACUGCGUUUCCAAAUACAAGAACCCACCCUGAGUCCAUCGGAGUUCUGUAGCCGCAUGGGCCGGGUUAUGGAGGGCGAGGAGGACUCACUAGGACAGGGGGUGCAAGUCCUCAUGUAUCCUCACUUUGGGAAUUCCGUAAGAGCCGUCUGGCAUCUCGGGAUAUCAGCUGAAGACACGCAGCUGGCCAUCCAGAAAAUGCACUUUGUUGCCCGUCAGUACUUGAAGAUAAAACAAAGAGGACAGUGACACAUUUUGCAGAAGAUCUGAAACUGAAAAUCAAGCGCUACUGAGAAACUUGUAGACUUUUGUAAUGUACAGUAAAUACAGUAGAUCCCCUGCUAUUCAGAGGAUUUACUAAGCCCGUCAAGAUAAUCGAUAAAUUAAUUAACUGCACGAUAAAUAAAAUGAACUCCAUAAUUUUGCUGGCCUCGAUAGAUUGACAGGCGUGUUUGUUUUUCUCCUCUCUCUCUACCAAACGGCCUGGAUAACAAGAGGGUUCACUCUGUGCAUCUGUCUCAACACCUGGGCGCAUUGGUUCUAUAACAGAAUGAAAGGAGUGAGUGAAUCCUCCUGUCAGUCAUUCAGUCUCUUUGUCCCAGUGAGGAGAGGCGCGCUACAAACUAGCGAGUGCACUUCUUGCUAGCUGUAUGUGUCGUGUGCUACACGAUCGAAUACUUAAAAUUUUAAUGAUAAACCUUGAAGGGGACCUAUUAUACUAAUUUCCGGGCCUUUGUAUUGAGUUCUGGACUCCUAUAGAGCAGCUACACACAAUAACCCGCACAGAAAGCUUUCUAGAGCUUCCAGACUCUGCACCUCGACCUGCAGUGUUUACUGCUUCCCGCCCAAACAGUCUGUGUAAUUACUCCAUCCCCGGCCCUCCUCCAGGUACGCCCCCCGCCGAGCCCACUCCGCUGUGAUUGGUUACACUCCCAAGCUCUCCCGAGGACUUCCAGACAGCUGCCGAACCCCUUUUGUCUGAUUACUUAGACUGAUAAAUUGUUACUAACAGCUUGUUCUUCUGACUCUUCAACACGACCAAGUAACGUUGGAAAGGCAUCGGACUUCAGCAACAGUUUGGCAGAUAGUCCGGCUUCGUAUUGGCCCAUGUUCAUAAAACAGUCCCGUGUGAAGUGCUGUUGAAAGAUGAGCAUAUUUUUCUCUUGCUGGCCGGGAAUCAGCAACUCCAACCACUUCUGCCUGAGGCUUGCCUCUUUAGGCACACCCCAACAAACAUUUCCUGGGAGCCAUUGCUCGACGUGCUAAUACCGUGAACAGAGCAAAGCGGGGAUUCUGGGCAUGCCAAUAUAAGGAAGUCCAGGUUGCACUGAUGUCAGUGGUACUUUGUGUUUAAAAAAACUGUGAAACACAGUGUGCAGAGCCGUCCAAAACCACAUUCAGGGCUCACCUCCACAUGCGCAAAACUCAUUAUCGGACACGUUGGUAUCGUUUAACACGAGAAUAUAACAUUGUAACAUUUAUAGGUAAAAAAAGAGGAAACGCAUAAUAGGUCCCCUUUAAUGGUCAACACAAUCAAUUAUUAAGUCACUCACACAUAUUUCACUCCUGUGACCGUGCCUUUAUGUCCUGGCGUCAUUCCGCUGUACUGUAGCAUUUUUGUAUCCUUGUUAAAACAUAUUGCUGCAGACAAACCGAAGAUUCAUUUACAAGCUAGCGAUGACACAAGAUACAUGUCAGGAUGGCACAAAGGAGAUUGACUGACAAUUAUCUACAGCCAAUCAGGAUUCAGAAAACAAUGGGCGGUGCAGACAGACAAGAGAGGGAAGAUAUAGACACUCAACUUCCCACAAUGCAAUUCUUCUUAAAGGGCCAGGUUUGGCCCGUAUCAGCAUUCAUACACUGCAAUAAAAAAAGCACUAAAAAAUCUCCAAAACAGCGAAAGGUGAGCAAGGGGACACUGUGCAACACGAUGUCAGUUUCAGCCCGUUUACGUAUCGUUAUUUUGUGACAUGAAAAAGUUUGUGAAAAAACAAUGAAAUACAUAAUACAAAAUGGUGCAAUUUACGUUGCAGUGAUUCCCAGAGUAUAACACCUCAUUAUGUACCAAACGCAUUUUGCUGCAUCUGACCAAACUCGGACAAAACGUUACACCCCAUUAAGCGUAAACAGCGAAUUCCCCACACAUGCUGCUAAAAGUGAAUCAAGGAAGUGUAUAUGCAAAUAAGCUGAUGUGAAAUUCAGAGUAUUUCCGGGUUAUUUCGCCUUUUUUUUUGACAAUAACGAAAGUGACACUGAUUCAAAAUCAGAAAUAUUGUGAUUGAUUGGGAUUUAAGUGCAAUUUUUGCAAUUUUAUUUAAGUGCAUUUUUUUUUGAUAAAAUAGACUCAAUUUUUUAUUGUUUUUUUUGU